AUGGGUAGAGCUGCCCGCGCCAUUCCAGCUGAGGGGUAUCAUGAUGACCCAGACGCCGUCUCUCUACAUACGACGCCUGACGACUAUACCUACGACGACGCGCUCGAGAUCUCCGGCCUACCGCCCUCAUACGCCGACAGCGAGGCAGAUAGCAAUGUUGCUGCUCAGGCGCCCAUCCGCCAUGUCCCUCCUCCAACAACCAGAACCGACCACAAUAACCCCACCUUUAAGAAUGGCAAGCCUAUUGUCUGCGAAACAACAACCUACAUGGACACUCGCUACGAUACGGAUCCUAUCUCUCUCGAAGACAUCAUCCGCUCGUGCGCUCAGACCGCGCCGGUGCCGCUCGUGUAUAUUAUGGGUACGCAUAAGGAGACCGUCAAGAGGGGAGAUAAGAAAGAGACGAGCGAGAUUACCGAUUUCAGAAUCGUGAUCAAUCUCCAGCGAUACCUGCGAAGAAAUUUCGACGAUCGGGACACAACUGCUAUGGACUUGGUAACCGUUGAGAACGGCGAGAAGACAUAUAGAGGCACAAUCAUGAAAACUAGGGCUCCAGGGGCGAAGCAAGACAUUGAGGUAGGAAUGCAGAAAGCUACUUUAACGGAAUGGUGUCACCGCUACUGCGCAUCGCCUCGCAUGCUACGGACGUUCCGCCUCCGUCGCGUCAUUACAGGUUUCGACGAAACGCAGCUGAAGAAUCGCCUCGAGGGUGUGAUUCGAGCGACAAACUACCGUGGACACAUCUCAAUCACCUUCCCAGUCGAAGACCAGAACGUCGACAUCUACACCUCGAACCGGAUCAACCAGUGGCGACUCAAGACCUGGGUCUGCUGGAUCUUCUACCUCACAUUCCUCUGGAUCUUCACCUGGCCGUUCCUCUUCUUCGCUACCAAGCGCUAUGCCAUCGUUAGAGCAGGGUGGCCGUUCUCCAUCACUGAUGCGCACGGUAACAAGACGUAUACGACUGUGAGCGAGGAGCAAUGGUUUGAGAAAUGGCAUGUGGCUGUGCGCAGACUGGCGCUUGAUCGCUUCCAGGGCGAAGCAAGUGAGGAGAUGAUGAGCGGUGUUAUUGCUAGGCCUGAUGAUCCACCGAUGCCUGGAACUAUCUCCACCGGACAUGCGGGCGUCGAUAAUGCUAUGGGGAUCUUGACCCAAGGGUUUCAGGUUGCACGCGCGAUUCAGGGUGGGGGUGGUUUAGGCCGAGGUCUUCAAGGCGGCUGGGGCUACGACAACUGA